AUGGAGGAUUCAAGCACUGUCGUCGUCCGAGCGUUGAUAAUGGUCCCGUGCAAACCACGUGCAACCGUGCAGCAGCUUUUCCUUUCCCGGCCAGCACCACGAAUUUCUUCUUACUUACCUGACCCCAUGCCGCCAAAGAAACCAAAGACAGGCCAGGCCAAGUUCAAGCAGGCCACUCUAUUUGGCCUUUUAUCUUCACCAAUGCGCUCUCCUCUUCAGAAGUCUAAAUCGAAGCGUGUCAAAGACCAAGAAUCCGCCCCAUCAGUGUCACCCACAAAGCGAAAACGAGGACACGAUGCAGUCAAGCACGCGUCGGAUGGCGGCGAGUCAGACUCAGACGUUGGUGGCAUAAAAUUCGAGCCAAAGGUUCUCGUCGAUGAAGCUAAGCCGUCCCCAUCGAAGCGAAGACAAGUCGUUGUAGAUAGCGACGACGAGAUUUCUUCUGGAUCCCCUGUUCUUGUAACGAAAAAGUUGAAUGUCAGGUCCAGAUCCCUCAAAUCUAGCAAAGUUAAGGGCUCAAGCAAUGGACAGCGAGGCCAGCAAAUUUCAGACUCAGAAUCGGAUAUUCCAGUUGUCCGACGUAAUAGACUGCGCAGGGGCCCUCGCCCUUCAUCCCCACCCGAACAACAAGAAGAGGACGACGAGCUAGAGGAAGAACAUAUCCUGGAGUCGCGUUUACGAUCACGCCAUAGGAAAACUGCGUUUCAGCGUAACCUUGAGAAGCUCAAACGAAAGAAGCAGGGAAGACCGGUGGAAUCCAUAGACUCAGAGGAACAAGAGGAUGAGUCCGAAAAUGACGGUGACACACCUUUCAAAGACGCACAACCAGACAGCGAGAAUGAUAGCCUUUUCGAUGAAUCAGAACACUCAGACAAGUCGUCUGAUUUCAUCGUCGAAGAUGACGGGGAUGGCGUCGCUCUGCUGCCCGCCGAGUUUAGGCCCCAACAAGAUCUUGCGCACCAGUUCAAGAUUGUAUUCCAGUUCUUCGUCCACAUAGCUGUCCAUCCUGCUGUUGAGAGGCACAAAUUUAUGAAACGUGCAAUGAAAGAUGAUUACUUUUCUGUGGCGCUGAUAUCUGCUCGAAGAAAACUCAUUGGCCUCAGAGAUUCUCUCGUUGCGUCGUCUGUAUGGCGACCUGAAUUCAAGAAAUCGUUGGAGACGUGUCCGGAUUUCAACUUGUACAAGCUGGAUUUUGCUCUUCCUCAGUGCGAUGCCUGCCAUUUGGGAGGCAGGCUAUCAACUUUGAGAGGACAGCUCGGUGGAUCACCAUAUGACCCAUUGGGUUUCCAAGACCAGCCCGAUGAGUCGAAGGGCAGCGAUGAUGAAGACAAUGAGGAGCAGACACACGAAUUUUACUUUGGACGAUUUUGCGCCAAACGCACACGAAUAUAUCAUGAAAUAUCUCACUGGGAGUACAAACUUUUCAAGUCUGUAGAGAACGAGGUUGACGAGCUCCACGUUCAUAAACAGUCGGGCAGGUUUGUUCGCGUGGCGUAUGCAGGUGGCAUGAAACCACCUGAAGAUCUUGAUGAUGCCGAUGGAAUUUGCGAAUGGCUCGAUGAGCGAAAGAUCAUUGACAUUGAGUGGCAGAACAUAAAAGAACUAAUGGAGCGGGCGAGGCAGUUGGAAUCGGGUGCGAAUGGAGACGAUAGCGACUGA